AUGGUCACGGCAGUCUUGCCUACAGUGACGGGUAAAGCAUUUCGCCGCCAACCUCAAGCUUAUCGGCAGUCAGUCUCCUCGGAACUGACGAUUACACCUGACCGGCUGAACAGACGUUUGGCUUCCCCGGUGGCUACCGAAUCUGAGGCUUCCCCUUCGGCUCGGCUCUCAGGCUUCGUGGGGCUCUUUGCAGGUUGCGGCGCAUUGGUAUCUUUAGGGGUCUUCCUGCCUCUUCCAGCCCGAUUUGAAGCAGUCGGAUUCUCGCCAUCAGAGGCGCUGCAACGUAGCUAUUACAUCGUUGCCGCCGUGGCAUUGAUCGUCAGCGUAAUAAGCUUCUUUGGCUUACGCAAGCUGCCUGGCGAAGAAGACAAAGGCUGGAACGCUCUAUGGAAAAAGGAUAUCCAAGAUGUUGACGAACGGUCCGGACCUUUCGAACCCUCCAGGCUGCCAUGUUGGAAACAGCUGACUACAGCCAUGCUACCAGGUUUUCGCAACCGUAGCAUCGGGCUGGGCUACGUCGGAGGAUUUGUAGCCCGGGCGUCCUCCGUGGGAAUUUCGCUCUUUAUCCCAUUGGCCGUGAAUCAUUACUACCGCACGUCCGGAUUAUGCCACGAAGACCACGAUCCGGUACCUGGAUCCGGACUAGGAGAUAUCAAACGUGCUUGUCCAAAGGCUUACAUCCUAGCCUCCAUACUGACAGGUGUAUCCCAGCUGAUUGCACUGAUCGCUGCGCCUGCCUUCGGGUACUUGACUGAUAAAUCCCGAAGAUACAAUGCGCCACUCCUCGUCGCGGCUUUCGUCGGGGUUGUGGGAUACAUAGCCUUUGGGCUCAUGCCUAACCCUCAGUUUAAAGGCCCUGACGGUAACCCUGGCGUAUUCCUGCUGAUGGCCUUGAUCGGCAUCAGCCAAAUCGGUGCUAUCGUCUGCAGUCUCGCUGUUCUGAGCAAUGGGAUUCUGCGGGUCAGCUUAGACGACGAGACGCUACGCAAGAUCUAUGACGAUCAAGGUGUGCGACAAGGCACGAGCGCGAAUGGAGAGGAUGGAGCACCGGGCGAAGGGCAGCCUUUGUUAGCCGGGUCUCUGAAUCAGCGGCUAGAACAUCUCUCCCAUCUGAAGGGGUCUAUUGCUGGCGUUUACUCGCUGUAUGGUGGAGUAGGAAUAUUGAUAUUGACGAAGGUCGGAGGCUUGCUUUUUGACGUGGCUUCUUCCGGCAGUCCAUUCUAUAUCAUGGCCUCUUUCAAUGGGGUAUUACUUGUGACUGGGAUUUGGUGUGGGGUUUUGAAUCAUUUUUCCCCGUGCUAG